AUGGACCAGAGAGGAAAUAAGCGUGUCUACAGCAGCGCUUUUCAGAAUUCUAACGACGAAUAUCGUAAAGUAUUGCGUAGUGUCGCUGGCUCUUCUGCUACUUCUCAAUCCUCCUACAUACCUGCAGUUUUGUUUGGCACCGACAAAGAAAACAGCAUUCCGUUCCUGGACACAGAAGCAGACCAGGAAUCUCUUCACAGUUCCCAGAAUCAUAUACGGCUACCGCUGGGCUCUUACUCGCUCGGAUGUCAGCCAUGCCUUCCUUGUAUCUCUCAGGUAUUGGAGGAAAGUGGACGGGGCAUCACCCUCCAGGAACCAGGGCAGUUUGAAAUGGACUCAUCUCCUCUCGACUUCCACUUGGACCUCAACUCCAGUUCUCCUCUUAAUGAAAUCGCAGGCUUUGGUGCUUACACCGGACCACCUACCUUCGAAGAUCCAAACACGGCAUUUGUCCAACCUGGUCACGAUGGCGGAUUUACUUGGCCUGCCCUGCACUUUCAGGACCUCUCACUCUACGACACUCCAAAAACAAUGUUUCCAGAUCAGUUCGAGGGGCCCGUUGUUGCAGCCCGUAUAAGUGUUUCCGCAGUCGCAUCACAAUCCCUACAGUACGCAUUCCCCACCCUCCACCCCAACGACAUCCUCAUCAUCUUCGACAAAGGCCACAAGGUCAUGAAACUCAACAAGUACCUUCUCAUGCUCUCAUCCCGCUUCUUCGCCUCCAUACUCACUGGCACAUACACUUAUGGCUACACGCACUGUCUCCGCCUGCGUAACGACUUCCCUCUGGCCAUAGCAGCCAUGAUUCGGUUUCUGGAAAGUGGCGCGUACGCACUCGAUCCUAUGAUGCGGACCCAGUGCCCCAACUUGACGCUCUUCGAUCUACAUAUCCACGCUUACGUUCUGGGUACCAAGUACGACAUGCGCAAGCUGUGCGAUUAUGCUAUUAACCAAUACGUCGAUCUGGGGCGCAGGAUUCUGGACAAGAGCAGCGGGUAUGUCCACCAGAUCACUGGCUUGGUGUCUCCGGGUGUGAAUUCCUUUCUCGACUCUUUAGUACUUAUCUGGCGGAAUACGCGGGAUAGCGAGGAUGCGUUGCGUCAGGCGGCGCUGGAGCUGGUCAAGGUGAAGAUAAAUAGGCUGCUCCGGGUCAGGUUCUUCCAGACGCUGCUAUGGGAGUUGCCGGGAUUUGGUAAUGAUGUUGUGGCUAGUUUGCAGGAGGAUGGGUUCGAUGUCAAGGCGUUGCCUGUCAGGGCUGGAAUGCAGGAGAAGGCAGGUGUCAGUUUUGGUCGUGCAUGA